ACCAGACCAAUUUCAAGUGUGUCUAAUGGCAAGUCUCAUGUUAACAUGCAUUAUCCUACAAUUAGCGAAGCUACAACUCAUGCCAGAGUAGGACACAAGAGGUUCAAGCCAAAUAAGGAGCAAUUUGUUUUUCGAACUGCCUUACUGGACCUCUCCCAGCCAAGAUCUGAAGAUGAACCCUCAGAUGGUGUUCUGGCUGUUCCUCUUUUGCGACACCAGCGGAUUGCUCUAUCAUGGAUGGUCAAGAGAGAAACCAACCCACGCUGUUCUGGUGGGAUUCUUGCAGAUGAUCAGGGGCUUGGUAAAACUAUAUCAACUAUUGCUCUUAUACUCAAAGAAAGGUCUCCAUCUCUUCGGGCCUCUGCUGCCAUUAAAAAACCAACUGAGGCGGAGACUCUGAAUUUGGAUGAUGAUGAUGAUGUUACUACAAGUUCUUCUGAGGCUACUAUGUCAAUUAAAAACCCAUGUGUAGUGAACACACGCUCUGCCCCAGUUGCUAAACCAUCUAUACAUACAAAAGGUAGGGCAGCUGCUGGCACCCUUAUUGUAUGCCCAACAAGUGUCCUGCGGCAAUGGUCUGAUGAGUUGCAUCAUAAGGUAGCUGACGUAGCUAAUCUUACGGUUCUAGUAUACCAUGGAUGCAAUAGAACAAAGGACCCCUUUGAACUAGCAAACUAUGAUGUUGUUCUUACAACAUAUUCAAUUGUUAGCAUGGAAGUUCCUAAGCAACCUCUUGAUGAUGAGGAUGAUGA